AUGGAUGAGGCUGCUGCUCCCGGAAAGGCUAACAAGGGAAAGGAGGAAGAGCCGAAAAUGAGGUCUGGAAAGAGCAACAUGGCCUUCCCAGACAAAGAUCUGCUUGAACAACAUGUGGCUACUGAAGAGGCCAAGAAAGGAAAGCAGCAGAAAUUAAUUCCUGGGCAGGAGCAGCUGAUCACUGCCCCUGGUGGCACAAGGCUGUUCGUUUGUCUAAAACGAUCAGUUGCUUCCCCUGAGGCUAUGGAAGAUGCUGAUGUUGUAUAUUAUGGCCAAAGGCUGUUCGGUUGUCAACAGUGCAACAUGGAAUUCCCAAACAACCGUCUGCUUAGACAACAUCUUCUGGAUUCUCACAAACUUUCUAAGUAUAUCUGUGACAUUUGCGGUGCGGUAUUCAACUACAAAUCAAGCCUGGGGAGGCACAAGAAGGUUCACAACUCUGAGUGGCCGUUCAUCUGUUCGGAUUGCAGUAAGGGAUUCAACUACAAAUCAAGCUUGGUCAGACACAUGAAUGUUCACAACCCUGCGUGGCCGUUCGCCUGUUCGGAUUGCAAUAAGAGAUUUAAAUACAAAACAUGCUUGGACAGACACAUGAAGGAGCACAACCCUGAGUUCGUCUGUUCGGAUUGCAAUAAGGGAUUCAACUACAAAUCAAGCUUGGUCAGACACAUGAAUGUUCACUACCCUGCGUGGCUGUUCGUCUGUUCGGAUUGCAAUAAGAGAUUCAAAUACAAAACAUGCUUCGACAGACACAUGAAGGAGCACAACACUGGGCGGCCUGAGCACGUCUGUUCAAAAUGCGGCAAAGCCUUCAAAAGAAAUUACGCCUUGCGUAUACACUCAAGCAUCCACACAACCGCCGAGAGAAAUGAGUUGGAAAAGAAGCUAAAGCAAAAUCUGAGUUCUUAUGAAAUCGAGUCAUCAAUCUGUGAAACUUGCGGCAAAAGAUUCGAGUACAAAUCACAAUUGAAUCAGCACAAGAUGUCCCAUAGCUUUGAGCGGCCGUUCAUGUGUUUGGUGUGCAAUAAGGGAUUUAAGCACCGUGUCACCCUGAAUCGGCACUUAGUCAUUCACUCAGGUGAGAAGAAGCAUGUCUGUCCAGUAUGCGGCAAGGGCUUUAGCCGAAACGAACACAUGCGCCGACACAUAAGCACCCAGCACUCCACCAAGAAUGGCGAUGAACCUGAGCGGCCGUUCAACUGUUUGGUGUGCAAAAAGGGAUUUAAGCUUAGUGACGCCCUGAAGAGGCACUCAGUCAUUCACUCAGGUGAGAAGAAGCAUGUCUGUCCUGAAUGUGGCAAGGCCUUCACCCGAAAAGAAAGCAUGGUCAAACAUUUACGCAAGAGUCACCCGUAA